ACAAGUCGGUACAGAGCAUCACACAGGCUCUAUAGAUAGAAUGAUGAGCAAUGCCAGGACCCGUGGUCUGCUGGGCCCUCGGUGACGCCUUGACUACCGCAGCCUCUGUCGAUCACCAAAAGCCCCCCGUUACUCUCCACGCAACGCAGGCUACGAGGAUCUCGACAUUUGCGGAGGGAUCGAUAAAACGGGCGAGUGAGCCCGCUCCUUGGCCUCCCCGCCAGACCAAGCCCUGGGACUCCGCCUGACCCCACAUGGCCAUGAGAAGGAAAAAAGCUUGACCGGGCUGGAGUGCAGCACGAACGAGCCGAAGCUAAUACAGGUACUACCUGUACAUACGAG